GAGCGCGUUGUGUUGCAGACGACACACGCUCGGCGCCAAGUGCGGUGGUUCUUGUGUGUCGUUAGGCCGCGUGCUCCGUUGCUUUGCUCUUGAUUCGUGCGGUGUAGUGGCUGGUGCGGGUUUUCAACUUGGCGCCUUCGCACCGGUACGAGGAACUGCGGUGCUGAGGAGGCAAGGAUGCGGCCUCUCGUUCGGCUUUGGAUACUUUGCGUCACAGCCGUCACCCUGCUGUGCUGCUGCCGAUGGGACGGCGGCGCCUGCUGGGCCGCUUCCACGCUGCGAACGUUACGCACAAGCCGGGCCAACAACGGUGGCGCUGCGAGCGGUUCCGGGGCCGGUGAUGUCAGCAGCACCGCCUCGUGCCAAAAUGAGGAGGUGUCCGAGUGCGUGAGCAAGCUGGACUUGCUCUCGCAGAACAAGAGCCUCGCCUUCGCCACAACCGAGGCUGAGCUGAAGCGAAUCUGCGCCCACCUGACCGGCGCCAUGGACUGCGUGAACGCAUUCACCCACCGCUGCUUCAACGAAAAGCAGCGCGAGAUCUACAAACGGCUCACCAGCGGCGCGGCUCAACUCAUCGAGGACUUCUGCCGGGAGGGAUCUCGGUUCAGGCUCACCUAUCUGAAACACUCCAAGUGCUACAAAGAACUGCAAGAUGACUACAACCAAUGCGCCUCGGUCUACAUGGCUCAGCGGGCCGAGCUUCAAGGACAGGCGCUCAGCGCUCAAGACAAAAUUCGACAUUCGUGUUGCCAAAUGGACGGCUACAAACAGUGCGCCAAGACAGCUGUACUCCUGCGCUGCGACGUGGAAGCAGCUGAGCUGGCCGAAGACAUCAUAGUCAAGGCCGGCGGUUACCUUGUGUCUACGCACUGCUCUGGAUACCGCAUAGACGAGCCCAGUUGCAGCAGCUGCUCCACACGGGUAGCCAUCGGGCUGCCGGCGAUUCUAGCAGUAGCUGCCUGGCUGUACCUCUUCUCAAGAACAACCUAGCUGCCGUCCUCCGUCGGUGGGCUGCGCAGUCACAAGGAACAAACCACGCUUGAUGCAGUGCAGAUCCUUGCGGAUAUCUGCACUGAGUGACUGAAAACUGUGGCCUAAGGCCAAUGUGCGCGUAGUGAGCUUGAGUAGCGCUAGCGCUUUCUGUCUUCAGGACUUCUUGCUAUCGCGAGUCUGCGAAGCUUGCCCUUUCAUGGUUGCCAACUGAAAGCGGAGCGGAAUCAAAGUUUAGCAACGGCUGACCACGGCUUCAUUCAUCCCUGCAUCGUCCGGAAGCAUGCACAGCCAUAGACGCCGCCGUGGUGAGGGGGCAGUGAAACGACGACGCCCAUCGGCGAGUGCAUCGUGGAAGACGGGAGCGAGCGUGUUCUUCGCAUCGCUGACCAGAAUCGACGCUGGCGCUGGAAGCCUUUAUACUACUGCUUUUUCGGCGACCACAUAUAUACCGUGAUUCAUCUGUCAUCGUUGUCAAAUCAGUGGUGUGCCACAGAAGAAGCAACGGAAAGUCCAAAUCUUUAUAAGAUCGUGAUGACUGACAGCUUGAAUUUGCGGACAAAUGGCUAUUGUCCGCUGUCGCCGUGCGUGAUGGACACUGAUGUGGACGGCAGACACGUUUUUAAACCUCCGCUAAAGAACUGUUCCAUUUUGAUGAAUUUGUCAACCCGGUGACCUCUCUUACACGACCACCUCACUGAUAUAGUUGUUUUACUGUGGAGCCGAGGGAUCGUGCUCUGUAACUUCAGUUUGAACAAGGCAUCACCUUUACAGGAAGCCUGUGUGGGCACUCGAAUACCGUCACUACUUAACCCGUAAAAGUGUCAACGUGGCAACAAUCUAACAUGACGUGCAAAGUUUCCAGUUAUCCCGUCCCAGGGGCAACUAAUGGUCUACUUCCAGUAAGUUCAAAAAAGCAGCUUUGCUGUAAAAGUCAAGAACAUGAUAUUCUGGUAAUGAGCGACCACGCAGUAAGCACUGAACAAGUGUACAGCACAGAAUGACUGAGGAAAGGGUGCCCUAGCCGUUAUUACGUUUGGGAAAGCAGUGAAUAUAUUUCAAGCAUUGGAGUUCCAACAUGCCAACGCUCCAAGUGAAAUCGUUGAGAACAUACUAGUUCUGAAUGGCACUGAGCGUCAUAUUGGGCAAGUCUGUUUCUCUAUGCUCAUCGGAGCAGUUGUUAAGAUCACAGGACGCAAGUCAUCAGCGUGUUGAAAUGAUGCCCAUGCCGGUCUCUUGUCGAAUUCUGAGCCUGAGACAACUCAUUGGACCACUGGAAGCGGUGGAAACACUGUGAGAGAAUAUAAAUAUUGUUACAAUAUAUAUACCGCCCGGAAUUUCGAUUGCCUCAAAAAGUGUCACGGGGUAAACGGCAGUAAAUCUGAAGAGUUCAUAACAUUUCGCCCUUCGGUCGCAAGAGUAAAAAAAAAAGUAGAGCUGCGCUUCUCUCGCGACGUCAGUAACUGCGUGAGCACUUCAGCGCACUCUCCGAAAGCCUACACUUGCGGCUUUCGACCCUGUGUGCGCCAGUAGUAUUUCUCAAGUAUUGGGGACUCUGCCGCUUUGUUUCAAAGUCUUUGCUGAUGUGAGAGAGAUUAAUGGCGACGCAGUGUGGGCGCUGUGGCGAAUGCGUUUGUGCGAAUGGGGUGAACCAGCAGAUUAAGUCUUUACUUUUUGCUGUGCACCAGAAACGGAGGUGUUCGACGUGCGUUGGGACACGAGAAAUUACGCGAGCGCAUUCUUCAGCUCGUCCCCUUUGAACAACCCAAGAUGGCUACCAUGAUGCUAGAAGAGCACUUAGAUCAUGAACGCAUAACCUGGUGUAACCAUUUGUGGCACAGAGAAUUUCCUCCAUUCUUUGCACACGACGCUCAGCUUCAAUGGUGCUGUGAGCAUGAGGCCGGCCAUGUUGACUGGGGCCACUUGAGUUGGCGGGGAAGCCUGCUUACGUAAUUUUGUGUGCCCGCUUCGUCCUGUUGAACGCGGUCCACUUUCCCUAGUCGCAACGGAGAAUAUGAGGACUCGUUUGGCAGGGGACUUUUCGGAGACUGCCCGUUUCGCGAGAAUCACAGUGUUACGUAGCUGCGUCGCUCCUGUGUGAAGUGUUGAAAAAAAGAAAGAAGGAACUCGACAGACCACUUUUUAUAGUGUCUCCCGAUGAAAGCUGUAAUCCCCUUUUCCAUUGCUGUUGUUUGUUGCUUAAGUACUGGCUGUUACGCUGUAGCUGAGCUGUUGUAUGGGUCAGCAUUUGUUGUGUUUGCAAACGAGUUUCUAUUGUUGAACGUUUACCUCCACUUAUAUCAGCUUCUUCAGCGACACCUUUCUCCAGUUGUGAAAAGUAGAUUGUCAGAGAUAAAAUGAUAAUUUUACUGGUUAAAAUUGAUUGCAAUAGGGAAGAUUAUUGUAUAAUAAUUGCUGAUAAAAUAUUGUUUGAAAAAGCUGUCUAAUUAGAGUUUUGGGUAUUUACAUUAGCGUGCAAGUUGCAUCCUGCCAAAAUGAAGCCUGUCAACGCUCGAGGCAGAUCAGCUUAGUAGGAUUCCUGAGACUGACACCACUUUCGAGACAUGCCUCCCGAAUGCGGGACAACUCUGCGUCGCCGUGCAUUUCGUCACUGGUCUUAAGGGUGAAUACGUCGAAACUGGGGCUAUUCCUAGGAUUUCUACUAAGUGGACGUGCCUUAAGUACUGACCGGUUUUAACUCCGAAAUUUCAGGGCGCACGCUAAUCUUACUAACUACAUAGUAAAUUGGUAAAUGUAGUCAUAGCGUGCGUCGAUGAAAAUCGAACAAUAUUUCACGUGCACUGCUGCUGGGAAGUAUGACAAAAAAGUAUUUUUUUCUAAAAUCGCCAAUAUUUAUUUAUUAGAGACACUCGUUCAUGACCUUGCCUAGAAACCUAAAGAGUCAUUUUGUGCAGAACAAUGAGAAGGAUAGUUUAUUGUUUUGUUGUUGCCUUUGUGCUAAACAGCGGUGACCAUGCCGUUUUCCCAGAUUUUAAACACUUCGGCUUAGAUUUUCUAUUUUGCACAACAGUGGCUGCUAAGUGUUGAUCUAGGCACGCUUCUAGGAAAACAGUGUUGGGUAGAAGCUGUUAAGAAAGAGCUGUACAAAUACGUGCUGCUUACGCUGAGACCUACAUUUAGUUUCAGUAAUGAAAGUCAUGCUUGUAAAAUAAAGUUCAGGUCAUUA